AUGUCUGCCAAGCUCUUCGUCCUCAUCGUUCUGAUCGUCAUCGCCUUCCAACUAGCGACCGUUGCCGAGGCUCGCAACGCUCCGCCGAUGACUCGCAUCCAGGUGAGCACUUACUUCCUUCUUCCACUUUUGAAAGUUCUCCGAGUAAGGCCUGAAUUAGUACUUUUGCCUUUUUCCGCCCAGUGAGCACUUUACAAUGAGGAACGGAAAAUGAAAUAAAACGGAAAUAAUGUACUUCUCUCCCACUCACUUAAUUGAGACAUGAAUGUAGAUAACUGAAACGUCAGACAUAAAAGGAAAUUUUACAUAUUUAUUCGUGUCUCUGGCAUUUCCAAUCCGUGGGUGUAGGAAGGAUAGACUUCAGGAUGGAAUAUGCGGAUGGAAAGCAAACAAAAGUGUUUUAUGAUGACGUCAACUACACUCACUCUCAAACUCCUCUUGAAUCUCUUUUCACACCAAUCUAUUUCAGGAAGUCUUCCGCAGCCUGAUGGCUCCUGAAGAGGUCCGCGGGAAGAAGUACUACCAGCAGUACAUUCCGAACGCCGACAACCAGUACAUCUCAGAGUGGUAG